UGGUUAUUGGGUUGCAUCGCAGAUGCUGUCCAAGCCAGAACUCUAAAUAUUUCAGAGAAGUGUUGGAAGCAGCCCAGAUGGCCCCCAGAACCGCCCGCGUCAGGGGCAGAUGAAGAGGUGUGUGGGGGGGCCAUAGGGGCCAGGUAGAGACUGAAGACAGAUUCCUGAUUAUCAGUAGUGGCAGGUCAGUGUGAUAAGGGGGAAGACUCAGUGACACCAAGGCCACCACCCCUUCCCAGCCCAUCCUAUCCCCUAACUUCUGAGAUCUGGGAGUGGGCCUUCAUCACCAGCAGGUGGGUGGUGAUGUAACUGGAGGAUAAUGCAACCCCCAGAGACACCCGCCUCUGCAGGGCGAGCUCUCUCCCAAGAUGAGCCUCGGGCCCAGCCCCCAAGCAAGCCCCAGCCUCUGGAGCAUCCUCUCAGGCGGUUUAGAAGUGUCUCUUUGAGAAUGGCUUGCCUUGGCAUGUGGGGUGUGCCCCCACCCGCCACCCUGGGGCAGGGACAGAGGGUCCUCCCCUCCCACCAGUGGAGUUUGGCUGAGGAAGCCGGACAGACGGUCCCAUGGGCAGUGGAGGUCCCUCUGAGAGUGCGGUGUUCUCACUCUGCUGAGGGCCUGUCAGUUACCCCCCACACCCAGGAGGACUUUCCCUUUGAUCAGAAGAAGAAACACUCUCCCUCUCUGUUUUUUCGGGAAGACCCAGGCACAGGAUCAAGAGCCAGCAUCGCUCACUGGCUGGAGAACAGAGUGAGGAGGGAGCCCCCAUGGCCUGUCCUCAGGUGGCGCUCCGGGUCCGGCCCAUCAGCGUGGCAGAGCUGGAGGAGGGAGCCACCCUUAUCGCCCACAAAGUGGAUGAACAGAUGGUGGUUCUCAUGGACCCAAUGGAGGACCCUGAUGACAUCCUGCGGGCACACCGCUCCCGGGAGAAGUCCUACUUGUUUGAUGUGGCCUUUGACUUCACUGCCACCCAGGAGAUGGUGUAUCAGGCCACCACCAAAAGCCUCAUUGAAGGCGUCAUCUCAGGCUAUAAUGCCACUGUCUUCGCCUAUGGCCCCACAGGCUGUGGGAAAACCUACACCAUGCUGGGCACAGACCACGAGCCCGGCAUCUACGUUCGGACCCUCAAUGACCUCUUCCACGCCAUUGAGGAGACCAGCAACGACAUGGAAUAUGAGGUGUCCAUGUCCUACCUGGAGAUCUACAACGAGAUGAUCCGGGACCUGCUGAACCCCGCCCUGGGGUACCUGGAGCUGAGGGAGGACUCCAAAGGGGUGGUCCAGGUGGCUGGAAUCACUGAGGUCUCCACCAUCAAUGCCAAAGAGGUCAUGCAGCUGCUGAUGAAGGGGAACCGGCAGAGGACCCAGGAGCCCACGGCCGCCAACCAGACGUCCUCGCGCUCCCAUGCCGUGCUCCAGGUCGCCGUGCGCCAGCGCAGCCGGGUCCCAAAUGUCCUGCAGGAGGUGCGGCAGGGCCGUCUGUUCAUGAUCGACCUGGCUGGCUCUGAGCGUGCAGCCCAGACACAGAACCGUGGGCAGCGCAUGAAAGAGGGGGCCCACAUCAACCGCUCCCUGCUGGCGCUGGGCAACUGCAUCAAUGCGCUGAGCGACAAGAGCAGCAACAAGUACAUCAACUAUCGCGACAGCAAGCUCACCCGGCUCCUGAAGGACUCCCUGGGCGGGAACAGCCGCACGGUGAUGAUCGCCCACAUCAGUCCAGCGAGCAGCGCCUUUGAGGAGUCCCGGAACACCCUGACCUACGCCGGCCGGGCCAAGAACAUCAAGACCAGGGUGAAGCAGAACCUGCUCAACGUCUCCUACCACAUCGCCCAGUACACCAGCAUCAUCGCCGACCUGAGGGGCGAGAUCCAGCGGCUCAAGUGCAAGAUCGAUGAGCAGGGGGGGCGGGGCCAGGCCCGGGGCCGGCUGGAGCGGGGCGACAUCCGCCACGUCCAAGCCGAGGUCCAGCUGCACAGCGGGCCAGGUGAGCAGGCUGACAUGGGACAGCUGCGGGAGCAACUCGUCAGCGCUUUCCAGGAGCAGAUGGACGUGCGGAGACGCCUGCUGGAGCUGGAGAACCACGCCAUGGAAGUCCAGAUCGACACCUCCCGCCACCUGCUCACCAUUGCCGGCUGGGAGCACGAGAAGUCACGCCGGGCCCUCAAAUGGCGGGAGGAGCAGCGGAAGGAGUCCUACACCAAGGACGACAGUGAGAAGGACUCCGACAUGGGCGAUGACCAGCCAGACAUCCUGGAGCCGCCCGAGGUGGCCUCAGCCCGGGAGAGCAUCGCCGCCCUGGUGGGCGAGCAGAAGAAGAUGCGGAAGCAGAAGCUGGCCCUGGAGCAGCGCUGCCGCGAGCUGCGCGCGCGGGGCCGGCGCCUGGAGGAGACGCUGCCGCGGCGCAUCGGCUCCGAGGAGCAGCGCGAGGUGCUGAGCCUGCUGUGCCGCGUGCACGAGCUGGAGGUGGAGAACACCGAGAUGCAGUCGCACGCGCUGCUCCGGGAUGGCGCGCUCCGCCACCGCCGCGAGGCCGUGCGCCGCCUGGAGCAGCACCGCAGCCUCUGCGACGAGAUCAUCCAGGGCCAACGGCAGAUCAUUGACGACUACAACCUGGCGGUCCCUCAGCACCUGGAGGAGCUCUACGAAGUGUACCUGCGGGAGCUGGAGGAGGGCAGCCUGGAGCGGGCCACCAUCAUGGACCGGGUGGCCUCUAGGGCCUUGCAGGACAGCUCCUUGCCCAAAAUUACCCCAGCAGGGACCACACUGACCCCGGAGUCUGACCCAGAGAGCGUGAAGACACAGAGCUCUGAGGCCCAGCGCCUGCAGAACAGCAUCUUCCCUCCGCUCAGCCCAGAAAGUGAAGCCAACCGCGUGUUCAAGGCCAGUCCCCGGGCCUGGCAGGUGAAGAGCUCCUCUGUGCCCACCCCGCCCCCCAUCCAGAUGGGCAGCCUGGUGACCCAGGAGGCCCCCACUCAGGACAGCCUGGUCAGCCUGAGCAGCCGGAUCAACUCUUCCCCCAACAGCAGCGAGAAUCUGUCAGAGAUCCCCUUGUCCCACAAAGAAAGGAAGGAGAUCCUGACCAGCACCAAGUGCAUCUCAGUGAAGGCCGCCCGGCGGCGCUCGCGGGCCCUGGGCACUGAGGGGCGCCACCUGCUGGCUCCCGCGAUGGAGCGCAGCAGCCUGUCCUUGCACUCGCUGAGCGAGGCUGAUGAUUCUCGGCCCUCUGGCCCGCUGGCCUGCAAGCGGCCGCCCAGCCCCACGCUGCAGCACGCUGCCAGCGAGGACAACCUGUCUAGCAGCACGGGCGAGGCCCCAUCUCAGGCAGCCAAGCAUCGUGGCAACGGCCCUGGGCCCUGGCUGCAUGGCCAGAAGAAAAGCCUGGGCAAGAAACGGGAGGAGUCGCUGGAGGCGAAGAGAAGGAAGCGGAGGUCCCGGUCCUUUGAGGUCACAGGGCAAGGGCUCUCCCGCCCCAAGACUCACCUCCUGGGGCCCCGUCCCAUGGAGGGCAUCUCGGGCCACAGGAUGCCAGUGUGCGAGCACCCAGCCCCUGGUAUUCGGCAUCUAGGAAAGGUCACACUGCCUUUGGCCAAGGUCAAACUCCCUCCGAGCCAGAAUACGGGCCCUGGGGACUCCUCACCCCUUGCUGUUCCCUCCAACCCAGCUGGUGUUUCCCGGCGGGCUACCCAUGGGCCCCGCCUACCCCACGGCACAAGUACCCAUGGCAAAGAUGGACUCCCCCGGCGUAACUGAGGGGCCUGCCUGGAACUGGCCGUCCUGCUCCCAGGACUGAAUGAGCUCUAGCAGGAAGUGGGAGAUAGAGGCUGGGCAGAUGGCAGUGACCUGGGAGCGGGAGCUCAGGUCCUCAGAAGGGCAGGGCUCCUGAACCCCAGGAAUUGUGAGGGUGCCUGCCCCACCCUUCCAAGCUUGCAGUGCCACGCGGCGAGGGAGGUGAGCCAGGAGGCACAGCCAGGAUGAAAGGGCUCCCUGGCCUCCCAGCCCUGGACAGACCCUGUUGCCGAAACCCUGCACGGACCUGCGGCCAGGCUCGGUCUCGGGAUGGGGGCAGUUGUUGGCUGGAGAGGGCUCCUGGGCCCACACCUGGGGCAUGGGCAUCCCGGAGGGGGGUUGGGGAAGGGGCCAACGGCACUUCCCAUACUAUGGUUGGGGUGGGGAAGGGAAUCUGGUUUUGUUACUUAGUAGUGGCUUUUUCUCCUCCUUUUUAACAAUAAAAUCCCAUUUGGGUCUUGA